CAAAGGUCUAUUAAAUCACAACUCGAUCUUCUCGAAAAUGUGAGACAUCAGUAGCUAAAUACUCUCGUGGUACGCACUCCCAACCAUAGCCAUCGCAACAGGUGGCGAUGUCUCUUCAUCCGAAAGUCCAACAACGCGCUGGUAACAACAGCACCGAAUUAUGGCCUCCUGGAACAGUCCUUCUGGAAGAUAACAGCGGCCCAGAGAAGAAAUUUAUACUCCAGCCUCGGCCUUCCGAAGACCCAAACGACCCUCUCAACUGGGCGAAAUGGCGCAAAGCCAUUAAUUUUGGCUUCGUGUGCUUUUACUCCGUCCUAGUGUCAGAAUUCAUCAGUUCUUCUGGACCGACUUGGACGCCAAUGCAUAAGCAAUUGGGAUUCGGUUAUGACAUGCUCAACAAUGCUUAUGCUGCUGGCAGUGCCGCUCUGGGUGUUGGGUCGCUACUACUCAUUCCGUUCGCACUCAAACUCGGACGUCGUCCGAUAUACCUCUUCAGCACAGUAAUGCAGUUCGGCCUUAGCAUUUGGUCAGCGAGAAUGUGGAGUGUGGCAGAUCUCAUGUCUAUCAAUCUGCUUCAAUGUCUCUUCGGAAGUCUUGCAGAAGUUAUCGUUCAGAUGACAGUGGCCGAUGUCUUUUUCGUUCAUCAACGUGGACGUCUCAACAGCACAUACAUCUGGCUGUGGAAAACGGCUGGUGCGCUUGGUUCACUCAUCGCCGGGUUUAUCACAACUGGGCUUGGAUGGAGAUGGGUUUGGUGGCUGAAUGCCAUCUUCUUCGGACUCUUCUCCAUCUUGAUAGCGCUCUUUUAUGAAGAAACCAAAUACUGCCCACCCGCAAUCGUGGAACAAGUUGCCGGCAACGACCUCCAACCUUCAGGCGAUUCGAACGUCAUAGACCAAAGCAGGCAAGAUAAAGGACUUGGAACUGACGCCAUCAAUUCCACAAAGUCUUUGGGCAGUCAAGAGCAAGGCGUAUCUGAGGACUUGUAUGCGACCAAGAUUGACCACAACAUUCCAAUGAAGACAUGGCGUCAACGCCUCGCUCUUACCACUAUCUCAACAACCGAUGAGGGAUUCAAAGACAUUUUGCGACACUUGUAUCAGCCAUUGGUUCUCUUGACCACUGUGCCCGCGGUAUUGUGGACUGCAUCCGUCUAUGGCGUUCUGGUUGCUCUUCAAGACGUCAUUUCAACCUGUCAAUCCACCUUCCUCACGCGGCCUCCAUACAACUUCACAGCUUCUGGCGUCGGCUUUAUGAGCAUAGCAAAAUUUAUCGGCCUCACUAUUGGCUCGCUUUUAGGUGGUGUUGUAAGCGACAGGGUGAUCAUAUACGCCGCCCGUCGGAACAAUGGUGUCUUUGAGCCUGAGGCAAGACUCUGGAGCUUUAUUCCUUUCAUUCUAUUCGUUCCUGCGGGCGGUCUUAUGUUUGGUAUCGGGCUGAACAAUGGCGCUCCUUGGCCAGUCAUUGCUGUUGGAUUGGCUCUAUACAACGUUGGCGUUGCUCCAAUCUUGGCGAUUACUGUCACGUAUCUCACCGACUCUUACGAAGAUGUUGUUGGGGAUGCACUGGUUGGGGUUACCUUCCUGCGAAAUGCAAUCAGCGCAGCAUUUGUAUUUGCUGUUGACCCUUGGGUUGAAGCUACGAGUAUAAAGUGGUGCUUAGUAGCUAUUGUCUUGAUUUCGAUGUUCUUCAUGUCUCUAUCUGUUGUUUUCAUUAUCUGGGGCAAGCAAUUCAGAGGAAGAACUGCAGCUAGAUAUCAGUAUUAUGCCAGGAGACAAUUUAGAUCUCGAGGCUAA